GCUGCGGCUGCCCGGGACCUCCUGGCGCACGCCUGUCUCCGGCCGGACCGUGAGGCGGGCGGCUGCGGCACGCGGCGGUGGAGGGCCUGGGCGCCCCGCGGGGAGGCUGGACAGCCCGGGCUUGGCCGAGGGUGCUGCUCCACCGCCGGCCGGCACCAUGACAUCGCUGGCCGACCGGGUCCGGGGCAACGGGCGCAUCGCCGCCGGGCUCCUGUUCAACUUGCUGGUGUCCAUCUGCAUCGUGUUCCUCAACAAAUGGAUCUAUGUACACCACGGCUUCCCCAAUAUGAGCCUGACCCUGGUGCACUUCGUGGUCACCUGGCUGGGCUUAUACAUCUGCCAGAAAGUGGGCAUCUUUGCUCCCAAAAGUCUGCCUCUCUCCAAGCUCCUCCUCCUGGCCCUCAGCUUCUGUGGCUUUGUGGUCUUCACCAACCUUUCUCUGCAAAACAACACUAUAGGCACCUAUCAGCUGGCCAAGGCCAUGACCACGCCGGUGAUCAUAGCCAUCCAGACCUUCUGGUACCAAAAGAGCUUCUCCGUCAGAAUACAGCUCACGAUGAUCCCUAUAACUGUAGGUGUAAUCCUAAACUCUUACUACGACGUGAAGUUCCACGCCCUUGGCAUGGUGUUUGCUGCCCUUGGGGUGUUAGUCACGUCCCUUUAUCAAGUGUGGGUGGGCGCCAAGCAGCAUGAACUGCAGGUGAAUUCCAUGCAGCUGCUGUACUACCAGGCUCCCAUGUCUUCCGCCAUGCUGCUGGUGGCUGUGCCUUUCUUUGAGCCCGUGUUUGGAGAGGGAGGAAUAUUUGGUCCCUGGUCAGUUUCUGCUUUGCUUAUGGUACUGCUGUCUGGAGUAAUCGCUUUCAUGGUGAACCUAUCGAUCUAUUGGAUCAUCGGGAACACGUCGCCAGUCACUUAUAACAUGUUCGGACACUUCAAGUUCUGCAUCACCCUGUGCGGAGGAUACGUUUUAUUUAAGGACCCGCUGUCGGUUAACCAGGGACUCGGCAUCUUGUGUACGCUGUUCGGCAUCCUCACCUAUACCCACCUUAAACUCAGCGAACAGGAAGGAAGUAAGAGUAAACUGGUCCAACGGCCCUGAGCUUUGGCGGAGAAAAGAAGGCUGUACCAAAAAGACGAGAAGUGUGUAACUCAGUGGAAAAGCAGCCGUGCAACGUUCCCCCAGUGACUUACAGGAGUAUUUUCUUCAAAAUGUGACGACUGGUAGUACUUUUCAUUGAUUUAAUUUUCUAAAGCCAAAAUGGUUAGCGCUUCUCUUCAAAGACUUUCUGAAGCUGGAGCUGCCACUCAGCGGUGCAGCGUUUGCCUCGCAUGCGGAAGACCCUGGGCUCAAACUCCGGCGCCUACAAAGAGUGACACAGACUGCGUGUAAGAUGGUUCAUUCUACCAACUGAAGUACAGGAAAGUUGGGUUCCUGUGCUGCAGACGUGCCCUGGCUCAUCUGUGCUUACAGAGGACUCCUGCCCGCUAACAUGGUUUCCCACUGUGUGCAGCUCAGGAGGCUGAGCCCAAAGCCUUGCGCUUGCCAGACAAACACCACCAUCGAGUUACACCCAGAGACAUGGAGUCAGAAUUUAAAUUAAAAAGUGGUUUAUUUUCUUUAUCAUUUGGACAAUGAUAGUAGAUUUGAGGCAGGAUCUCAAAUGUAGCCCUGACUGGUCUGGAAUUCUUUUCUAUAUAGCCCAAACUGGCUCUGAACUCAUAGAGGUCUGCUUGCCUCUGCCACCAUACCUGGCCUUUAUCUACUUUUAUUAUUUCAUUGUAGAACUGAAAUAUUCAUAGAAAUGGUCAUAAAACACACCACGGCUCUGAAAGCCCUGCUCUUUCAGUAGCAAGCUGAUAUAAAAAGUUCUUCCCUGUCAAACAGGGCAGGACUGCUUGAGGCAAGGCCCACUCAACAGCAUAGACUCUGCCUGUGCUAGUGAGGGUCUGCGGUCGGAAGUAACGGGUUGGUAGGAUGGCAGUUUCAUUGGUCUUCGCAUGGCUUUGAGCUUUCAGUGAACUCUAGCUACUGUUUAUGGAGUUAAAAAGCAAAACUAAACCCCGUGAUUAAGUGUCUCAAAGAAAGGCCUAUAGGGCCAGAGGGAAUAGUCCCGCAGUAGAGUACCUGCCUACAGUCCCCAACAACAACCACAGAAGCCGACUACAUGUGGAAGUAGGUAGGUCUCUUUACCCUGGUAACUGCUUGUCCAGUUUGCUCGGACAUUUCAUUUUAGUGAUUUCUGCUCUGCCUCCAUUCCAGCCCCGCCCUCCACAGAAGGAAGCGGUGUGGAGGGAGCACUGUAUGGCGUUGAAAACGGGAUCGCACUGUGCAGAAAAUGACAGCCAAAGCUCUCAACCCUAGGCCGAAACUUGGUGGAGAACAGGGAAGAU